AUGCAGCAUGAUGUGGCCGUUCAAAGAGCAUCACUUCCUUUGAGGAACAAAAUUUUGGUAGCCUUCAGUCAUGAGGUAGCAAACAAAGAUGAUAUAUUAUCGAAAGUCUUUAGUUCUAAUGUCAGUGCCGGCAGUCAAAUAUAUCGAGAUGUGAAAUGGUCAACUAAAUACUACUCGGUGCUAUUUGAUGUCUAUAUUGAUAUCUUCGACGAUUUGAGUGAAUGGUUGAGUGAAUUUUGUAGUUCAGAUUAUCACGAACUUCAGCAAGUACUGGCUGGUUUUAUAGUAGUGAUGCCAUGUAAGGAAAAGGAUGAUGUACGUAAGAUCUUGCAACUAGAACAAUGCAAGGAUUUUGAAGGCAGUUUUGCCGCUAUCUUGGCUACGAAAGUUAGCUUUAGCAAUGAGAUGCUGUGUCUUCUGGAAGAAGAGUUGGUUGUUAAAGGUAUCGAAAUGACGGUGGACCAGGAGAUUGCCGGAAGUGGUUUUGAAAAAUUCUGCGGAGUUGAAAGAAUUAGAGAGAUGAUCGACACUUAUGAGUGGCCUGUGGAUAUGGUGCAGCUGAACCACAAUACUGUCGCAAAAGAGCCACCCCUUACAGUACCAGAGAUUCCUUUGGAGGAAGUAUUAAGCAAAUUGCAUGAGGCAAGAGCAAAAUAUUUGGGUAUGGAUUCAAGUGCAGAGGGAGAGAAAUUUGCCAAAGAUGUUGCUGAAGAACUGGGUAAGUACUUAUAA